AUGAUCGCAAUAGCGGAUGAUUAUCGCUUCUGGCCUCCUCAGAGCACCAUGAUGGAUAAAAAUGCGUGGCCACGAGGUGAAAAUCCUUCACAUGCUAGGCUGCGAGGCAGUCUGUACAAUGCGUACACUUUUAUGGAUAUCAUGAUCGAUGUUCGUCAAUCCGACAUGUAUUUCAAGUUGCAUGGCGCAGUGGGUACAGAUGUGCGUCCGGACUAUGACAUGGGCACGCCCACUUGUUGGGCCAUUCACACAUGCGCACGGCCGAAGCAAUUGCAAAGAGUACCGAGUCAGGGUAAGGAAAAAAUGUCGGGAUAG